AAUCUGCGAAGCCUUUUCUUUAAUAAAGAAAUUUCGAAACAUCGAUCUUAUCGGUUGGAUUUUUCCAUAUCAAACUCGAGAAAAAUUCACGUCUUGCUAUUUGUUGAAAACUAGGAACAGGGGAUUAGAAUUCCAUUCUCGCAGAGCCAUGAAGAUCACCGAAAAGCUAGCAAAUCUCGCUUUAGCAGGCUUAUCAUUAGCACCUUUGGUUGUAAAGGUGAAUCCGAAUUUGAAUGUUGUCUUGACAGCAUGUCUUACUGUAUAUGUUGGUUGCCAUCGUUCAGUCAAGCCUGCACCACCUCUGGAGACCAUGUCGAAGGAGCAUGCCAUGCGUUUUCCUUUGAUUGGAAGUGUUGUGCUCUUUUCACUGUUCUUAUUAUUCAAGUUUCUAUCAAAAGACUUGGUCAAUGCUAUACUCACUUGUUACUUUUUCGUUCUCGGCAUCAUCGCAUUCUCGGCCACCUUGUUACCUGCCAUUGAUCGGUUUCUUCCAAAGAAGUGGAAUGAAAUGACUAUAAAUUGGCAUCUUCCAUAUUUCAGAUCUGUUGAGGUAGAAUUCACAAAAUCACAGGUUGUAGCUGCUAUACCUGGAACAUUUUUCUGUACAUGGUAUGCAUUGAAGAAGCAUUGGUUAGCAAACAACAUUUUGGGAUUGGCAUUUUGUAUACAGGGAAUUGAGAUGUUGUCUCUUGGAUCUUUCAAAACCGGUGCAAUCCUCUUGGCAGGACUUUUUGUAUAUGAUAUUUUUUGGGUCUUCUUCACUCCUGUGAUGGUUAGCGUUGCCAAGUCCUUUGAUGCUCCAAUCAAGCUUCUGUUUCCCACAGCAGAUUUGGCACGGCCAUAUUCUAUGCUUGGGCUUGGUGAUAUUGUCAUUCCAGGAAUUUUUGUGGCUUUGGCUUUGCGUUUUGAUGUCUCAAGAGGAAAGGGGGAGCGAUAUUUUAGGAGUGCAUUCUUUGGUUAUUCAGUAGGUCUUAUUGUCACAAUCAUUGUGAUGAACUGGUUUCAAGCAGCACAACCUGCCCUUCUAUAUAUUGUUCCUGGCGUGAUUGGAUUUUUAGCAGUACAUUGCAUUUUGAAUGGGGAAAUCAAGCCUCUGUUGGAGUUUGAUGAGUCUAAGACAUCUGCGGAAUCAAGUUCAGCUGACUCCUCAUCACAAGUCAAUGAUUCAGCUGGCAAGUCAGAUCACAAAUCAGAUUAACAAGAUAAGGAAGGCUAUGAAAGUAGUCAUGGAAGUUUGUUCAGUGCUCGAGACUGAAGGAGUUUCUUUCUUGACAUCAUAUUUAAUAUUAAUUAAUCAGUGCAGGCCAAUCUGUGCUGCUGGUAUUUUCCUUUCAAAAAACAUGGUGGGAAACUGGAAAUUUUAAAUGUUUUCAAAUAUAAUGGGAUUUACUUUAUAAAAUUUUCUAAGCAGUUUAACCAGAGGGCACGCGCCUUCAUUUUGCAUGGCAUGUCCAAUUUUUUCUAUAUUUGGGAGUAGCCCAUGAGAUAUGAUUGAUUGAGAUGGUUAGUGGGCUCCAUCUUUGCUUGGACAUGUGCUUUUGAGGAAACUAAUGGAGAAUAUUAUUAACAGCAAGGAUGAUUGUGGGCAGGCGUCUUAAUUAGGACAGUUAUUCUCGGUCCAUUUGUUUCUACAAAGUAUUGAUCAGGAGAGAUGAUGCCUCAAAUUUUAUCAGCCUCCUAUUUUGUAUUGAUACAAUUGAUUACAUUCAUAGAUGGUAGAUUAGGAUUUAGGAAUUUUCAAUCAAUUAUCUGCUGAUAUACCAUUUCCCACCCAUUCUUACAGAGUUUUUUAAAUUUAA